AUUUCUUCGCUUUGCAGGAAAGUCGAUUGAAAGAAAAUUCCGUGGAACUUUGUAAUUUGCGGCGCAAUUAGAACUAGACUGGAAAGGAAUUAAAAUGGGGCGCGGGACUCGAGGAUACUCGCAAGUCGGACUGGACGGAUUUGGAUCAUGCGCCAAGUACAUCUUGUUCAUCUUCAACCUCCUCGUUCUGGUGGGAGGAUUGGCAAUCACGAUACUCGGAGCAAUCGCAGUUGCAACAGAUGACUACCACGUCUUCCAAGACUUCUCGGACAACAACCUGUUCAAGUCUGCUGCCUUCAUGCAGAUCGUGGUGGGCUCGGUGAUCGUGCUUUUUUCCUUCCUGGGCUGCUGUGGGGCCAUCAAGGAAAGCAAGGCCAUGCUGCUCACGUAUGGAGUUCUCACAUUGCUCGUGCUGAUUGUGGUCGUGGCUGCGGCGGCCGUUGCCAUCUUCUACAAGGACGACGUGGAGGACGCCGUGCGGAAAGAGCUCAAGAAGAAGAUGCAGAUGUACGGAGCCCCGGGAGACUCGGCCACUCAGGCCUGGGACAACUUGCAGAAACAAGGAAAAUGUUGCGGGAUUGAUCAACCCGACGACUGGCUGGCUUACAAUCUUCCCAACGGCCGUUAUCCGAAAUCGUGUUGUGAAUCGGAAUCGACUUGCAAUCAGAAUGAUCCAGGCUCGAUGCACGACAAGGGAUGCAUCAAGCUGAUGGACGAGAUUCUGUCCUUCUCCUCGGUCCUGGGCUACGUCGCCAUUGCGUUCGCCGUCAUUUUGCUUCUGGGCGUGAUUUUCGCAUUCUGCGUCGGCUGUUCUCUGUAGGCUGCAUGUUCGCAGGUGGAAAUGUCUCUUCUUUCUUUCAAAACGAUCGACUGUGCUGCGGAAAUGUUGAUUCUUCCCCCCCCCCCCCCCCCCCCCCCCUUCAUUCUUGAUUAAUUUCGUUUUUCUGAUCUUGGUAUAUUUUU